GCAGGAAAAAGUUGUUUCCACCUCCAGAGAUGAUGCAAAAGGUUAGCACACAGAGGAGCAACCCUGUGUUUCUAGAGUAUAGGAUCCCAAGAAUGACAGAUGACAUGGCCAGGAGUGCACUGCUCAGCUUCGUGAAUUCCAAGUGUUGCUAUGGCAACAGAGCUGCAGGGGAGCUCCUCAUUCAGGAACUGAAGCCACGGACAUUUUACAGAUAUCGACUGGAAACCUUUAAUGAAACAAGAUCAUGUGAAUGGACAUUUGAGCCUUUUACCAAUGCUUCGGUAGACGGUCCACAAAAUGGCGUAUCUCCUCGACCUUGGGAUAUUAAAGUCCAAGUUCCACAGAUGUUUCAGGAAGACACAAAAAAGUUUCGUGUUCCCCAUUCUUCUUUACUCAAGGAAUGUCAUAAAUGCCAUGGCUGGGGCCGAUACAAAUGUAAUGGAUGCCACGGUGGAGGCAGGAUGAGGUGUGUCACAUGUAAUGGAGCCAGAAAAGCCAAAGCCAAACAUCUAAAAUAUCAGAAACGGUGCCAGAUGUGCUCAGGUACAGGUCGCAAAAGGUGCAGCACUUGUUCUGGAAGAGGCAACAAAACCUGUUCAACCUGCCAAGGAGAGAAAAAGUUGCUACAUUUCAUCCGAUUGAUAAUAACUUGGAAAAACAAUGUAUAUGAAUUCAUUUCUGAACAUCAGCUAAGCUUUCCAAGAGAACUGCUCAGUAAAGCUAUGGGUGAAAAUAUAUUUAAAGAUGAAAAUACUCUGGUAUAUCCUCUUGUUGAUUCCCCUAACCCUGAGAUCUCACUGGCUUCACAAAGAGCUAUUGCAGAGCAUCAUGGCACACUCACCAGCACAUCUCGCAUUCUACGGCAGCGACAGACCAUAGAGCUAAUACCUGUGACUGAAGUCCACUACCAAUAUGCUGCAAAGUCAUAUCUUUACUAUAUCUACGGAAUGGAGAACAAGGUCUAUGCCCUAGACUAUCCAGAAAGAUAUUGCUGUGGCUGUACCAUAAUCUGACAGUGAAAUGCUGUGCGAAGAUUCCUUACA